UGUGCUUUACAAUGCUUCCCUAUGCUUUACCAGACCUCUCUGUGCUUUACAAUGCUUCCCUAUGCUUUACCAGACCUCUCUGUGCUUCACAAUGCUUCCCUAUGCUUUACCAGACCUCUCUGUGCUUUACAAUGCUUCCCUAUGCUUUACCAGACCUCUCUGUGCUUUACAAUGCUUGCCUAUGCUUGGCUGUUUUGGAAAAACAUUUGUUGCAUCACGUGAUUAUUCAUUUUUUUCUAGGUCAAAAACAUUACACAACAUCCCAUCAAUACCAGGAGCAUUAAAAGCCGCAGCCGGGCACCAUGUGCUUAAAACGAUACCAGCUGUACAGUGUGUUUGUUUACAGCGCGCUCCUUGUGGGGGAUUAGGAGGAGCUGCAGAUCGCGUUUGCAGAGUUUUAAUGUAUCUGUUUCCGCGGAUGAGGAGCAGUUGUCCAGCGGGUUAAUCUUUUCGGAUUUGGGAAGAGGGGUCGCACUAGAGGCUGUCGCUAUAAUUGCUCCCUCGGGGAUCGAGGAGCGGGGGAGGGGUGGAGCGGGCAGGGGAGGGUAGGAGAGGAGAGGUGGUCUCGUUAUCACAAUGCAAUAUACGUGUAGUACAGUACAGUGUAGCGCGGCCACAUUCCUGUUAUCUGCGCUCAGGACGCUGGUUUAUAAAACUGCAUUGAAAAUAAAGCACAUGCGCUUUUUUGGGGUUUAAAUCUCUAAUCCCCAACACGUGUUUGUGAGGUCGAAUUCUUUAUUGAAUCUGGGACACACACACAAAAAAAAUCCUGUUCCUUUUGUCAAUGGAAAGGCACACAAUUAAGCUAAAACGUUUAUAUAUUAGUCUAAUAAAUGUUGUAUUAUGAUUUUUUUUUUAUUAAAUGAUCUGUAAAAGACACUAUAUUACGUUUUUAGAUCAGAUUUAAAAGCCUCAAUAUACAUAUAUUAAAACAGUUAAAAUAUACUAAUAAUAAUAAUAAUAAUAAUAAUAAUAAUAAUAAUAAUAAUAAUAAUAAUAAUAAUAAUAAUAAUAAUAAUAAUAUGUCAAAAUGAAAAUGAAUUCUGUUUUCGGGAAAACAUAUCAGAAUAUUCUUAUCGGAUUAAGGGUUGCAGGAAAAGAGCGUUUUCACUUCAGAAAACUUUCAAAGCAGAUCACUGGCCUGCUUCAAUUCGUUUGCAGUGUCCGUGUAGACUGUGCAGCGUAAUUGAAGACACUUAACGUGUCUAUUGAGUGAUCCUUUGGGACACAGGAGCGGGGUUAAUAGGGGUUUAACAGUCUGUAGAUCGGGGGCGAGGCAUUCACAUUGAAAUUGAACCGCAAUACAGAAAGUGGAAAGGUGUGGAUUUAAACACGAUAUUAAACACACAAGCAUAUGUAAUUAAUGGAUUGAUAAGAUCCGCACUUGGAUUCGCCUCUCCGGAGGGUAUGCGGUGAUUUAAACCUGUUAUCAGAGCUUGAGAUCUCGGUGCGGUUCAGUUACCUGUUGAAUAGAUUUGCCUGCAGCAAAACUCGAGAGAGAGGAUCCGCCACUUCCGAGGAACCGCAGUACAAACGAGAGAACCGGAUUUCAAUUAACCGCACAGCAUUAUUAUUAUUAUUAUUAUUAUUAUUAUUAUUAUUAUUAUUAUUAUUAUUAUUAUUAUUAUGGUAUGUCUUUCGUAAAGAGAAGAAGACGAUAGUCAGAUUUUGUUUUAAUGAAACUGGAAUUUGAUAUUAAUGCAUAAUCAGAGAGAACAAUAUUAACGAAAAGUCUUAGUUCUUAGAACAAUUUUGCUUCGGACAUCCCGUCCCGUCCGGUCCCGUCUGCUUUGUGCAAACAGAAAGAGACGUUCAAGUAUAAUUGAGAGUUUAAUUUCUGGGUUACAGGACAAUAAAACCAAACCACUCAAAAGUAGACACGAAUCUUGCGGGAUAAUAAACAUACACCGGUUUUUUUUAAUGUAUUCAUUUUUGUAAAGAUGCUUUAGACGCACAGAACGUAAAUAGAACAAUACGUUGAACACAGCAGCUGUUGCGUAGGGCAUGUUUCAUUGCGGAUGUCUUGCUGGUCCGUCGUUUUUGUAUUGUUAUCCCACCUUCCCAAAAAACAAGUGCCCCCCCCCCCCCCCCCCCCCCCCCGCAUAUUAUCAACGAUACUUCAGUUGAACAGUAAUCAAUACUACUACUAAUAAUAAUGAUCAACAUUUUCCUGGUCCCCUAUUCGAUCAUUUCUGUGCAUGCAUGGCCCGCGUUGAAAACAGCGUAUUGGCCAUUGUUAUGACUAAAGAGGGUAGCUGAGAGGGGGGAUUAAUAUCACCCAUACACCCCUGUGCCAUUUGACUAUGAAUACACACCCAAUGGGAGUUUACUAGGAGUUAAUUGGGGAUGUACGGUAAUGAGUAAUGGCCUCGGGGGGUGGGUGGGGGGGGGGGGGGUGGGGGGCGCUGUCCUCUCAAACUUCUUAAUUGAAUUAGCCGGCCCUUAAAAGCAAAGUUACGUGUCUUUGUAAGCGUCAGUCCACUCGCCUGAGCGCUGCCUCACACCUUCCGCAUCUUAACUGAUUAUAUACAUACACACAUACACAUAACCUUUCUCCACUGGCUGUCCAGAGCGGUCAGACAGAGAGAGAGAGAGAGAGAGAGAGAUAAAGAGAGAGACAGACCGGGAGACUAACACGGUACAUAACUUCAGUUGGAAUUGCUUGAGAUCUCGGAGUCGUCUUGAGUUAGUCGUGUAUUUCUAUUAUAGAUGUCUAUACAUAUGGUUUGCCUGCCGUCUGCAUUACUGUAGUAUUAACCCUAAUCUCUGUGUGGACCUGCACAGGUUGGCCUGCACGCCAGGAAAGGAGCGUGGUUUCUUUGGGACAUCGCUCACAUCACCACCGCCGGCUGAAGGGACGGCGCUGGAAUUAAAACAGUUUGACUGGAAGAGAGAGGAGCGAGGGAAGGCAGGGAGGAAGCCAGGUUAGCGAGCCAGAGAGCCGGGAGAGAGAGUGAACCGAACAGACCGAGCAUGAUGUCCUACAUCAAGCAGCCGCACUACGGCAUGAACGGGCUGACCCUGUCCGGACCUGGGAUGGAUCUGCUGCACUCCGCCGUCGGGUACCCAUCGACGCCACGCAAGCAGCGACGUGAAAGAACGACGUUCACGCGCGCUCAGCUCGACAUUCUCGAGGCGCUCUUCGCCAAGACGCGCUAUCCCGAUAUCUUCAUGCGCGAGGAAGUCGCGCUGAAAAUCAAUUUGCCGGAGUCCAGGGUACAGGUCUGGUUCAAGAACCGCAGAGCCAAAUGCCGGCAGCAGCAGCAGCAGAGCAGCGGGCAGACGAAGCCCCGGCCCGCGAAGAAGAAGACCUCUCCGGCCCGGGAGACCAGUUCGGAGACCAGCACCAACGGGCAGUACAGUCCGCCCGGGGCAGUCGGGGGCGCGGCCGCCACCCCGAGCUCCAGCGCCAGCGCCACGGUGUCAAUCUGGAGCCCGGCUUCCAUCUCUCCCAUCCCGGACCCCCUUUCCGUCUCAACGACCCCCUGCAUGCAGCGCGCCACAGCUUACCCGAUGACAUACACGCAGGCGCCGGUUUAUAGUCAGAGCUACGGCGGUUCCACGUCCUAUUUCAGCGGGCUUGACUGCAGCUCUUAUCUGUCCCCCAUGCACUCGCAGCUCUCAGCCCCCGGAGCCACGCUCAGCCCCAUCCCCACGCCGACCAUGGGCGGCCACCUCAGCCAGUCCCCCGCCUCUCUGUCCGCUCAGGGGUACGGGGCUGCCGGCCUCGGGUUCAGCUCGGUGGACUGUCUGGAUUAUAAAGACCAGUCCGCGGCUUGGAAGCUGAACUUCAACGCGGCCGAUUGUUUGGAUUAUAAAGACCAGAAUUCGUGGAAAUUCCAGGUUUUGUAAUAAAUAAUAAUAAUAAUAAUAAUAAUUAAAAAAAUAUGCAUUUUAAUUAAUAAAUAAAUUUAAAAAAGUAAGAAAAUAAUAACGAUGAACGAAUAAAGAAAUUACUAAAUACAAAUGACAAAAUUACAUUUUGAAUUAAGAAUGACAAAAAUAUAUAUUAGUUUAUAUUGAAUAUGUUGAAAACCUUUUGUUUUAUAGUGUUUGGUGUCUUUUCUAAUUCUUCUGCAAUCUGAUAUAUAACUGUCUCAAUCUUAACCCAUUAGGCGCUACUUCGUAGUUUCCUUUUUCAAUUUUACUAUAUUGUUUUGUUAUCCGCAAAAAUUAAGUCUAAAGUAGCUGUUAUAAUUCCGAAAAUACUGCCUUUCAGAUGGUUCAUGGCGCGUCAAUAAUAUCAAAUAGGAAACUCAAGCCUAAGAACCCAGUUCUUGGUGUCUUUUCCUCCCCACAGUGGUGAUAAUGUGGCUCCGUUUCCUAUGUUGAGUUUCACGGCCGGCGUGAAAUUUCACUGGUCUGAUUAUGUGCAUGUCUAACUCGACUCUACUCAAAAUAAAACGAUAUGCUGUAAAUACAGCUCUCAUUGUACACUUUAAACAGACUGAACACUUUCAGAAUGGUAGCAUGUUAAGGGAGGGAGGGAGAGAGGGAGGGAGAGAGGGAGGGAGAGAGAAAGGGAUAGGGAGGGGGAUAGGGAGGGAGAGAAGGAGGUAGAGUGAGGGAUAGGGAGGGAGAGAGAGAAGGAGAGAGGGAGGGAGGAAGAGGAGAGAGAGAGGAGAGAGAAAGGGAGAGAGGGAGAGAGAGGGAUAGGGAGGGUGAGAGAAGGAGAGAGAGGGAGGGAGGGAAGGAGAGAGAGGGAUAGGGAGGGAGAGAAGGAGGGAGAGUGAGGGAUAGGGAGGGAGAGAGAGAAGGAGAGAGAGGGAGGGAGGGAGGGAGAGAGAGGGAUAGGGAGGGAGAGAAGGAGGGAGAGUGAGGGAUAGGGAGGGAGAGAGAGAAGGAGAGAGAGGGAGGGAGGAAGAGGAGAGAGAGAGGAGAGAGAAAGGGAGAGAGGGAGAGAGAGGGAUAGGGAGGGCGAGAGGGGGAUAGGGAGGGAGAGAGAAGGAGAGAGAGGGAGGAAGGAAGAGAGGGAGGGAGGGAGAGAGAGAGGGAGAGAGAAGGAGAGAGAGGGAGGGAGGGAGGGAGAGAGAGGGAUAGGGAGGGAGAGAGGGGGAUAGGGAGGGAGAGAGAGAAGGAGAGAGAGAGGGAGGGAGGAAGAGGAGAGAGAGAGGGAGAGUGAAAGGGAGAGAGGGAGAGAGAGGGAUAGGGAGGGCGAGAGGGGGGUAGGGAGGGAGAGAGGGAGGGAGGGACAGAGGGGGAGUAGCGAUUCUAACAAACUCAGAAUUCACAACCAGCUCGGUUCCGCCGAGACCCAGCAAGAACAUUCGUUCUGAAAGACUUUGCUGCUGUUCCUGUAAAACUUCUUUUCGAUUCGUUGGCUGUUCUGUCUCUUGCACUAUUUCUAAAUAACAGCAAUAAUUAAAGAACACACACAUACAUAUCAUUUUGAAAUAUCAAAAAGACAAAACCAAGCUACACCACUGAAAGCUACAGAAGAUGCCGGCUAUGGCGGGACCAAUACAAAAAGACACAGUGACCAGAAGAGAAUAAUUAAACACACCUCAUCGUGGCUGCAUAGACCAAAAAAAAAAAAAAAAAACCAUAGAAAAAACUGAUAAUAGACUUCCUUCAGACAUUAGAGUGUGAACCGCCUAAACAAACAGGACAGGCAUAGCAAACCUGCCAACAUCUGGAAUCCCGAGUCACAUGACUGUCCUGGAUGACGUCACAAUGCUGUCCACAGGUGGUUAUUUUUCGGUAGUGAAGAUGUUAGUGUAUUAUUAUUAUUAUUAUUAUUAUUAUUAUUAUUAUUAUUAUUAUUAUUAUUAUUAUUAUUAUUAUCAUCUAUGUUAAUGUUAUUAUUAAUUAAUGUUAUUCAUGUUAUGGUCAUGUAGUUUUUCUUUGUGUGAUCAAUGUAACAAUUAUUGUUGAAUUUAACUGUGCAAAAAAAAUAAAUGUAGUGUCAGUUUUUAGAUUCUAAGUUAUUUAUGUUUUUUUUCUGUAAAUGUGGUUUCAGGAGAGUACAUUUGUGGUGACUCUAAGAGUAAAUAUGAAACUUUAUUCGAAAAGCAACUGAGGAAUAGCGACUGGUUUUAAAACACAGACACCUCCACUACUCCAGCUACGGCAAGAAGUACAUUAUUAUUAUUAUUAUUAUUAUUAUUAUUAUUAUUAUUAUUAUUAUUAUUAUUAUUAGUAUUAGUUAGUUAUUAUUAUUAUUAUUAUUAUUAUUAUUAUUAUUAUUAUUAUUAUUAUUAUUAUUAUUGUUAGUUAUUAUUAUUUUUUAAAUAUUUUAGCAGAUUUUUAUAUUUCUGUUCACUGUUUUUCAAACUCAGGGGGGGUAUAAAUGAAUGAGAUCUCUGGGGAAUAACAUUACCCGUUACUGCAGGGUUAAGAGUAUUAUUGCUGUGCGUUUGACUGGAGCGUCGCGCCCCCUUGUAUAUACUUCUCUCUCUCUCUCUCUCUCUCUCUCUCUCUCUCUCUCUCUCUCUCUCUCUCUCUCUCUCUCUCUCUCUCUCUGCCUCUGUGUGUCGCUUUUUAUUUUUUCCUUUGUAAAUGUAGAAAACGAGUGAUUUAAGAAAAAAAAAGAUUAUUAAAAUAAUACCCAUAAAGAA